GACUGUGGCGCCGUCACAGUAAAACGGAAAAAAGCCAAAACUCGCGCCUACAUCGAUUGACUUGGUAGCGUGCUGAAUUUCUUUGAACGAACGAAAUUAAUGAAAUAACGCCUGUACAUGCGGUGUCUGUUAAGCUAGUGCUGUAAAAAAUAUAAAGAGAACAAUAAGUGCGUGUUUUUACAAAUAUAAUGUUUCGUGCUUAGUGCCUGUUACGAUCGCCGUUCAAAUUUGUGUGUGAAUUUUGUGUGUAGUGAUCAUCUAAUUUGUCGCUACGCCGGGCCAUCUGCUGGACCGUGCAUGACUCCUGAAGGACUCGUGCUACCGGAUUACUAACCCAGGUCUUGCUUGACAAAUCAAUAGACUCGAGCUGUCGGAAUGGCUGAGACGGACUCAGAGACGAUCCCGAACGGCACCGGGCCCCUGUCCACCGAGGAGGAAGACGAGCGCUUGAAGCAGCGUCCGGCCGACAUCGACGCCGAUGUCCGCGAAAUGGAACGCCGGAAGCGCGUCGAAGCUCUCAUGUCCUCGAAGCUGUUCCGCGAAGAAUUGGAACGGGUCCUCGACCAGCAGAUGCACGAGGGCGGCGACGCUCCGCUCCUGCAGAGGAUCAAGGAGAUGGUCGGCGGGAGACUGCACACCGGAAGCCUCAGGGGUCCUAGCUGCGUUUUGCCGAUCAACGACAUCCGAGGUAUCGAAGGCAUAGGGUAUGAGAAGGGGGAGAAGAUACUCCGCUGCAAGCUGGCCGCCGUGUACCGGCUGGUGGAUUUGUUUGGUUGGACGACAACCGGAGUGACGGGGCAGAUAACGGCCCGUCUGAACACGGCCGAGGAGCAGGUGCUGACGUCGCCGCGCGGUCUGCUGCCCCACGAGGUGACCGCCUCGUCUCUGGUUAAGGUGGACAUGCAGGGCGUCGUCCAGGACCAGGGCACCACCAACUUUCCGGUCAACGUCGAAGGUUUCUCGGUGCACGCGUCCGUGCACGCGGCCCGUCCGGACCUGCGCUGCGUGGUGCACGUGCGCGCGCCCUCCGCUCUCGCCGUGUCCGCCACGCGGCGCGGCGUCCUGCCCCUAUGCCAGGAGGCGGCCCUUCUCGGCGAGGUCGCGUACCACACUCUACCCUACGGCGUGCUGGACAACGCCGAGCGCGACAAGCUGGUCCGCGCGCUGGGCCCGCACGCCAAGGUCGUGGUGCUGAGCGGGGCCGGAGCGCUGUGCUGCGGUGCCACGCUGGAGGAGGCCUUCCUGCACGCGCGUCUGCUCACCGCCGCCACCGACGCGCAACUGAAGUUAGCAGCCACGCCGCUCGAUGACCUCAUCCUGCUUGACGAUGAAACGCAGAGACAGAUGUACGAGGCGUCCCGCAAGCCGCCCGCCGACGCGAGCAAGUGGCGCGUGGGCGGCGAAGAGUUCGAGGCUCUGAUGCGGAUGCUGGACAACGCCGGCUUCCGCACCGGCUACAUCUACAGGCAUCCCCUCAUCAAGAACGACGUGCCGAGACCCAAGAAUGACGUGGAAGUUCCACCAGCCGUGUCGUCCCUCGGCUAUCUGCUUGAAGAGGAGGAGCUGUACAAACAAGGGUUGUGGAAGAAAGGUCAGGGGAAGACCGGUGAGCGAACCCGCUGGCUGAACUCUCCGAACGUCUACCAGAAGGUCGAGGUUCUGGAGACUGGCACCAGCGACCCCAAGAAGAUCACUAAGUGGGUGGACGUUAACAACGAAGAGUGGAUCCAAGAUGGCUCGGCUCAAUCGAGUACGCCCGUUAAAAUCGAUACAUUGCAAUUCGUACCGAAAAAUACGAACCCAAAGGAAUUUAAGAAGCUUCAACAACAGAUCAAAGAGAAUCGCCGCGCGGACAAGAUAAGCGCCGGUCCUCAGUCCCACAUCCUCGAGGGGGUGACCUGGGACGAAGCCAGCAAGAUGGUCGGCGAGGACGCCGUGAACACCCACACGGGGGACCAUGUGGUGCUGAUGGGAGCGGCCUCGAAGGGCAUCAUCCAGCGCGGCUACCAGCACAACGCGGCCGUGUACAGCGCGCCCUACGCCCGGAACCCCUUCGACCAUAUCACCGACAACGAGAUCGACGAGUACCGGCGCGACGUCGAGCGCAAGCGGCGCGGGAACGAAUACGACACUGACCUGUCCGAAUCGGAGGCGAUAAGCGCGGCGCAGAUGACGUCACCGGCCAGCGCCCCGUCCGAGACAGAAGAGGAGUCGCGCGACGAACACCGAGUUUUGAGAAUAGAGACCAAGCAAGCGCCGGUCCGAAGCCAACCAGAAGUGGUCCUGAGCGAUGUUGAUACAACUGAUUUCUUGAACGCCGAGAGAGCCCAUGUCGACAGUACUAGAGUCCCGACACGGGAGUCGAACGUACCGUACGACAGUGGGUCGCGUGUUCCAGUAGGACCGCCGCAGCGUCAGGUCGUGGUGAGGUCGUACGCGCAUCCGGCUGAAGACCGGACCCGCGAUCCGAAUCUCCUGUCCGACGACGAAGUAUUUCUGGACUCGAGCGCGUCGACUGUGACGUCGUCGAUGACGUCACCGGUCCCCCGACAGGUCGUGGUCCGGGGGACGCAGCACGCUGUCGUGCAGCGGGUGGCCGGCAGGGGUGACCACACUGUUAACGGUGACCAUUCGGACGCCCAUCAGAGUACAUUCUCUCACAGCAGUAAAGAGGUCUCCCAGGGCUCUCCGUCGAAGGAGGCUUCCACCGAGGAUUCGCCCAAGAAGGACAAGAAGAAGAAGAAGGGACUCAGGACGCCGUCGUUCUUGAAGAAGAAGAAAGAAAAAAAGAAGGAGAAGUCCAGCACGCCGCAGCCUGCCUAGAGAUAAAUCCCACAAAGCUGUACUGCCAUUUCGCUUCAGAAAUUACUUGUAAUUUUAUUAUGAAUAUACUAAUUAUAAAAUUUAAAAAUAUAUUUAAAAAAAAAGAAGGAAAAAACCGAAAUACAGAAAUUACACGUGUAAUCUACAAUAUAACAGCUUUAUUAUAUUAUAUUUUUAUUAUUGAUUUUCAUGUCUUAUUAAGUGCGGUGGGAUGUACAUAAUUUUAAACAGAAAAUAAAUUGAACUAUAUAUAUUUAUUUGUUAAGUCUGACAUGUUGAUCGAAGAAAAGGUAUUUAGAAAUAUGCAAUACUAGAAUGGACCUCUUGAUUAAAAUGGAAUUAGCGUUGCUAUCGUUUGAAUUCAAAAUAAAAUAAUUAAAAAUGUCGGACUUUUUGGUAUAUAACGACACAUCAGAACUGUAACGCGGAUAAUAAAUGAGGUUGAGGUUAUCAAUGCAAUUUUUUGGUCACUUUAGAAAACUGCAUUUUACUGUUCCAAAAUCACAACCCAAAAUGUUUUGAUUAAAUAUUUUUAUGCAAACUGAAUUCCAAUAAGAUAUUGCAGACAUUGAUAUAAUAAGAUUUUGACUUGUAAUCAGUUUGGUUCUGAUGUAUCGAUAUAAACAUUUAUAUUUGUUUUUCAAUUAAAAUUACUGUAAAUGUUAAGUUUGACUAAUUGCGAAAUGUCAGAUUUUAAAAGUGAAAUAAUGCUCUGUUUUUAAUAUAUUUAAAUCGCCAGGUGUACAGUUCGCGUCUUGAAUUCGUGCGUCGAAGUAGUGGUCCUUCGUCUCUCUCAUGUGGCGAUCAUCCCACACUAAAACCUAUAGUCGCAUAAGCAUUGUUUUCUUCCAAUAUUAGACAGUAUAUCUAUGGUUAAAUUUAGCUUAAGUUUCUUUAAUCCCAUGAACUUGGACCUCGUUCUCUCAAUCCCUUCUAAAAUAAAACGAAUAAAAUACAGUUAAAGCUUUGCGAUUUCAUUAUUCUAAUAAAUAUUUCACGUUUUGAGGUCACAAUAACAGUUUUAGUUUCUUUAUUGAGUUUAAAAACUCCAAAAAGAAGUUUACAUUGACGACAUCAUUAUCGCAAGUGAAGAUGUUAUAAAGCAAACGAGGAAUUACUAGCAAUAGGUUAUCGAUUCGCGUAAUUUAUCGACGCAAGCUGUAUACCAAUCGAGCGAGGGGUGCUACCCCCAAGACCCACCUAUUCGGCUAAAUUAAGGGCAUUUCUGCUAUGUACUCACGCGCUGUGCUUUUUGACUAUCGGCGUCUCUGUCUACGCCGAUCUUUUAGCUUAAUCUGCUGUUCUACUGUAGAUGGCGCGAGUAUCGAGUGACCACGCCUGGCGGUCACUCAAUGAGCAUUACUCUGAGCGUUGUUGUUGCACACGUGUCGCACACUAAUGGGGCAGAUAAUAGGAAUCGGUAUUUUAACAAAUCUCUGACGAUGACCACUAUUGGUCGCUGGAGGCUCUAAUGGAUUCUGUCGAAAAGGAUCCUAAGAGACUGUUGUUGAUUUUGAUAAAAUCAUAUUUAUUUCUUAUUAUAUGUAUUGAUGAUGUUAUUGUUUAUGGUGCAUUGAUGAUCCAAUGGGUGUGACUAAUCAACAUUGUGGUCAGUCUUCGAGGUCAAUAAAACAAUAUUUUAUACGGUAAAUAGAUUCAUCGACUUGACGCUUCCGAUUUCUCGUAAUAAGGUAUAGCGGACACCUAGCGUUUUGACUGCGGCUGCGUUAUAAAUUUCUAGUGGGUUAUAUAGCUUCAGAUGACGGAAAACUAUAUAAUUAUUACAGUCUGCCCCGGUUGUGUGACGCGCGUUUCGUUUGGUGUGAAGUUUUUUGUUAAUAUUCAAAAAGCAGUAGUGUGUACUUUGAGCUAUUUUGGGUAAAUCGAAUUAAAAAAAAAACAAUCGCAGUGUUGUCAGUAAAUAAGUGUAGUUUGCACUCUGGUAAUGCUCAGAAGGGAAAUAGUUCACUCCUUGCUCAAAAAUGAGCUGUUCUUUUCUAUUAUAUUCAACAAAUAGUAGAUGCUAUGACAUAGUUAAGAGAUUUCAAUUUAAUUUAUUGACAAAAAAAAGAGUAUAUAUAUUUUUUUCUUCUUCAAAAUCUUAUGUUUUUUUUUUCUAAAUUUGACUUGCCAAACGAUUUCUUAUGUGGAAUGAAAUAUUGUGAAUUUUUUUUUUUAGUUUUAUUUACAUGUAUCUUUUUAGUCUUAACGCGUUCUCGUUUCGUUUUUAAUGCUGGCAACGUUUGUGGCAGCUAUUUGUUGUGUGUGUUUUUUUACAGAAUUUACUUUUAUGCCCCACACAGAUUCAAUUGUUGAUUUGUGGCUGUUUGAAUCGAAACCAGUUCACAAACGAUCACUGUAUUAAUUAAAUAAAAAUAAACAAUUUCAUACUUUUUGAAUGUCAAAAUAUGAUAACUUUGACAUCAGGAAAGAUUCCCGCCGAUACUAUUAAAUUAUCACGGUGCUAUAAAUCUUGAUUGAAACAAAAAGUAAUUCGAUACUGGUAAAAAAAACGACAGUCACAGAUUGCUUUAUUUGUCUAUGACACUUUUGUUUAUAUCGGUUUCGUGAAUAGUAAUCUGCAGUCCGCUCUAGUGAUGAGUGUCGGGCUUUUCUCGAACAUCGAAUGCUGUCAGCGUUGAAUUCGGAAUGACGUCUCGCGAUUCUGGUGCGUCUUAAAAUCGUUUUUAUAUUAUAUACAUAACGGGCAUGUGAUGCUGACGUGUUUCGAGAACCGAAGAGGGGAGGGGGUUCGGCGCCAUUCGUGCUUUUAAAAUAAUUAUAUUUAUAUAUAUAAAAAAAAAAUUAAACUUUCAUAAGUAUUACUUUUCGUUGAUGUAGAAAUAUGAAGUUUGGAAAUCAUGUCUAUAUUGGCUUCUUAGUUUUGUCUUUUGUUUUUUUUUUUUAUUUUUUAUUUACGGAAUGUAGAUUGUAGGAUUUGGCUAGUUCUUUUAACUUCCAGCUAACCGUGAAAUGUUUUCGUGUUUCUCACGUAAAGGACAUGAUAAGUUUUUUUAUUGUUUUUAAAAUAUACAAAUCUAUUAAUAUAUCUAUCCGUAAGUUAAGUAUUGUAGCCAUAUGUAACGCAUACACAUACAUAGCUGUACUGUAUUUUUUUUGUUUUUUUUUUUUUCAAUUUCUUGCUUUUUUUAAGCAACACAUUCAUUCAAUGGACGACUUUUGGUAAUUUUUAAAUUUCAACUGCUACAAAAUAUUAUUUUUCUUUUUAAGUAUUUUCAAGUUCACGGGUGUUGCCAUUGCGAAUAAAGCACCACGUACAAAUAUUACAGUACAUUGUUGACUUUUGGUCCUUUUAAAUAGUUUUAUUUUUUAUUAAUUUUUACACAAACUACUUUAAAUGUUCGUUUCGGAAAUUUUAAAUAGAUAACACGAUGGUUUGCGUUAUGGAGGGUAGAUGUAAGAAGCGCCAUCUUGUAUAGGGGACAAGUUGAAAAAGUGUCCGUCUGUAAACAGCGAGCUAGUGUUGGAAGACUCACCGAAAUAGCGCUAGUGUAAGAAGAUAGUCCUUACUUUUACCCUCCAUAGUUUACGUUUUGACUGCCGUCAAAACAGACAUCAGUGUUGCCAGACCAGGCAUUCAAUUUGACAUUACCUAGAGUCGGUCUAGAGUUUGUAAAAUGACAAGUUGAUGACGGAAAACAUUUAAAAUUGUUAACGAUACGAUAGUCGUAGAGUGGUUUUAUUUAUUUCGAAAAUAAUAAAGAAUGAUAUGAGAUUUAUAAGGCAAAGACGCUUCAGCGAAUCAAUCUUAAGGUAGGGCUAUUAUAAUCGGUAUUUCUGUCCAAAAAAAAAGCGUAACAUCCCCACCGUUUGAAGAUAUGUCCCCGUCGUAAUGGCUGAAGCGCGUUUGUCCUCAUAUUAGAUCUAAGUGCAAGAGUUUGUAAUGAAAAUUAACAAACAAUAACUUUCCCUAACAGUAAUGUUUACAGUAUGCAAAUAUACAGUGCACAUUCGUAAAGUGCAAUGGUUAUUAGUGGAAAAUCAUAUAAGAGUGCGCAAAACACAUUAGUGAUCGGAGAGAACAAAUACUAAUUGAUGACAGACGUCAAAAUUGACAGCUGUCAGCUAUAACUCUACAUACAAAACGUUAAUAUGGCAAAUGCAUAUUUUCAGAAAGUCUCAUCAUACUGUAUUCAGAAAGUUAAUGUUCAUUAUGAAUUCCAAGUUUAGUAUUGAAUUAUUAUUUUUUGGUCACAAAGUAAAAUGGCCGCUCUCGCCUAUAUUGAAAUAUAUAGUUUUAAGUUUUCAAAUGGAAAAAAGAAGUUAUGUUUUAAUUACGUAAGAAUAUCUAUUGUGUAUUUUUUUAUUUCCUAAAAUUAUAUGCUAUUUCGAAGAUUUAUUAGAAA